ACCAAGGCCAGCAGUGUCUAGCAAGAUUCCAAUGCUUGGUGGGAAUUAGCAGUGAUUAUCUGUCAUUUUUCAAAUAUGUCCCAGUGUCCAAAAGGAGGAGCUGUGAUCCAGCAUAAGAUAGCGGAUGGCAGACAUCACUACAAGAUUCGAGAGGUCCUACAGUGCAAGGGCACAAGUUCCCCUUUCAGGAGAGGUGAUCACUUGCUGCAGGUGAAUGAAAAGGAUGCAUCAGAGUUGCCACCUGAGACCCUGGUUGAGCUACUGAGAGAGACAUCCACACUGAUGACUCUUCACCGUCCCAAUAACAAGGCAGAGUCAGCUGAGCCUGGGGAUGCUGCCGGUGUGGUGUACUGGCCAUAUGACAGGCAGAAAGCAGAGCUUCAGUUCAGCCUGGACAUGGUGCCACUGGAGAACUUGGCUGCAGCCCACAGCAAUGAUACAAUGCUACCUUCUGAUGUCAGUGGGAGUGACACGAUCUACUCACAUGCAGAAAUACCCUUCAAACCUCCAAACAUCCCACUGCCUCGCAAUGCCAGAGAGGAAAAUGGAGGGUUGGUGUGUGAUAAGGAUGAGGCACGAGCUUUGUUGGUGGCACUCAAUCAUGUCACAGUUUCCAUCGUGCGAGCACGGGGUCCUCAUGGAUCCUCAGAAUCAGUGUGCAUGGUCUGCAAGAAGAAGGAAUGUGAAAUACAUACUGUCAGCAUCAGCUCUGAGGUCAAAUCAGAAGUCUAUCAUCUAGAAGAAGAAUUAUCUUCCAAUGAAUGUUGUGGGAUGAUACUGAAAGUAAUGAACAGUGAUUGUCCAUUUCUAAUUCAUAAUGAGCGAGAUCAGUAUCUUCGACCUGGCAGCAACCGCAAAAGAAUAGUUCUUAGUCGGCAGAAUUCUGAGUCUGCUCAGGUGACUAUCUUUUAUUACAAAUCCAAUAAGAUCCCAACAAUAUAUUGUGGAAUGCCAGUUGUGCUGAAAUUCUCCAAGACCAACUGUUUCCUGAUGUGUCAGAGGGAGGGGUCCAAUGUAGUGCUCAGAAUACAGGAAUGUACCUCCGAGUCACUGAAGUGGAUUCCAGAGGGAAGCCCACAAUGGUGUUUCAUCUUCUACAUGAAGGAACAGCAAGAUGGCACUCUCAGCUUUGAGUCAGCACAAUUCCCAGGCUGGUUCAUCAAUAACCAGUGGACCCAAAAGAGGGCUGAAAUGAAACAAACCAUGAAAGAAAAGUUAAAUACAGAUUUUAUCUUUGUUUUGUUAAAAGUAUGAGAGUUAGCACUGGUGGAUAUAGGAAAUAAAAUAACAUGACUUGUUCUAAAAAUGUACCUUUGUGGGCUUAUGACGAUGGCAUCGAAUGUUCUGCCCAGCCUUCCCUACCACAUAAAUCCAACUGGUGCUCUAUGAGCAGAGCAGCUCCAUAUGUCUGUUCAGGGAAUUUCCAGCUGUCUUCAAAAGCUCACCAGCUGCCAAAGACAUAAGAAUCGCUUCUCAAUGUCAACUAUAUUUAAAUGCCUAAUAAAUAAUAUUUAUUAAACACAUUUAAAAUAUUCAUCUAAUUCCAGCAUUAUUUUAGUGUUUUUGAUUGAUUGCCAGUAUAUUAAAGUAAACAUAACAAUGACAGAUUAUCUCAGAUUCCAUUUUUACAGAUGUCCAUAAGUUGCUUUUCCCUAUAGGUCAGAAAAUAUACAAAAAUCACUCGAUAUACCAGACCUCAACAGUACAGUAAUGAUUGGCAUCAAAACGCAUGGGAUUGAUAAAAUUGAACAAAUACUAAAAGUGGAGAGAGGGGAGAAAUUAGUUCAUAGGAAUGAACAUCUGUGUGCUGUGAUACAUGGGUUAUGACUGAAGGAAAGAUGGCUGGAAUAGCUUAGCACUUUUGUGCAAGGGUGUUUAUUCAUUGCAUCAAAAAUCAAACUUGCAAAAAUUAGCGAAAAUAGUGAAAAGAAAACUGCCAAUAUUUGCAAAAAAAGAUAGCUACCAUAAAAAACAAUAAUAACUGUGCACUAAUUCUUGUCCAGUGUAAACUCCUGGCAGCUCGAUUUCUCUCUCCCCUACUGAGAGUGAACCACCCCAUUUUUCUGCCAUCUUUACUUACCCACAAAGUUAACGUAAGACUACGCAUGAAUCAGAAUAUGAUGCAGCCCACAAUGAAGUUAGUCAUAUUACGAAGUAGACAGACGUAUCUACCUUAAAUACAGUAUACAAACAACAUAGACACAUUUACACAUCCCUAUUACUAAAGAAAUGGAAAUUGCACUGUGUGUAGUGGAGAAGGCACCACAAAUCCACCCCGUGUACAUCUGCUUGGUUUAGACCCAUAUAACAAUCCGAUGCCACAGGGGGAAGACAUUGAAGUGCACACACUAAGCAUAAUGACAGCAGUGUGACAAGGCAAUAUUUCUGUGUGUGUGUGUGUGUGUGUGUGUGUGUGUGUGCAUAUGCAUGGAAUGCAUUUACCGAAAGCUCUGCAUCACAAUCCGACUUUUAUACCUUGUUUGUACGUACAGUGUUCAUAACUUGGCAUUUGAUUUGUACCCUAAAGACAGCCUGUACUUUUGUACUUUUACCCAUGUUCUGUCCACAGUAGAAUUCCCAGUUGAAUGACAUUUCAAUUCCCCUUCCCAUUCUCACACUGACCUGGCUUUCUGCAGCCUUCUCUGUGAGGGUGAGGCAACACAAACUGGAGGAACAACGCCUUAUAUUCUGCCGGGUAGUCUACAACCUGAUACAAAUAUUGUGAUUUACAAGUUUAGAUGACACUCUACUUUAGUGGAGUUAUUACUCCAACCCCCUCCUCUUCUGCUCUUUUCUCUGUCUGAUUCUUCCAUUUUUGACCCCUUUCCCAUCCCACCUCAUCCCUCAGGUUCAUCCCCCUCCUGGUUGAUCCACCCUUCACCUGCUCAAUUCCCUCACAGGACCUGUCGCCUGCACAACUCCAUUUGAUCAUAAGACCAUAAGGUAUAGGAGAACAAUUAGGCCAUUUGGCCCAUUGAGUCCAUUUUGCAUGGCUGAUCCAUUUUCCCUCUCAGUCCUAAUCUCCUGUCUUCUCCCCAUAUCCUUUUAUGCCUUGACCAAUCAAGAAUCUAUCAAACUCUGCCUUAAUGACCAAUGACCUGGGCUCCACAGCCACCUGUAGCAACAAAUUCCACAUAUUGACCAUCCUCUGGCUACAGAAGUUAUUCCUCUUCUCUGUUCUAAAAGGACACCUGUCUGUUCUGAGGCUUGGACUUCUGGUCUUAGAUUCCCCCACCACAGGAAACAUCCUCUCCACAUCCAUUCUAUUGAGGCCUUUCACCAUUCGAUAGGUUUCAAUGAGAU